AUGAAUUAUAUAUUACUCCUAUUAUUAUUUAUUACUUCGAUUUUCACAGUUGUCAGUUGUCAACAAGAGAUUGUUGAAUUUAAAUAUAUAGAAGAUAGUUUCGAUUUCGCAGGAUCAACACAGAGAGUUACAAUCUUAUUAAGAACACCAGAUCCAACAGCAAAUUAUAUUAUUACGAAUUACAACUUUAAUGGUAACUUUACUAAUAAUUUUCUAUUUAAUUUCCAAAUCGAUGUUAUCUACUUCUUCUUUUUAACACUUACUUAUCUAUACCUUUAUAUACGUUUCAUUUUAGUUCCACCUGAUUUAGAAGUUGGAUCACCUAAGUUUAUGAGAUAUCCAAAUUCCAAUCAUUUGACACUCUAUGUUCCAACAAAAUAUAAGACCAAAGCAUAUCCUGUAAAAUGCGAUCUUAUUACUAUGACAGGAUGUUAUUACUCUUUGACAAUGAUGACGAGGAUACCAGGUGAAGAUGGAAUCUAUUAUGUGGAUAUAUCACCUACAACUUCUGGAGGUUGUAAUACUUUGAGUACAAGUACUCUUACUGUUAAACUUUCUGGUUAUAAUUCUUCUGGAACAGUAAAUAUUGAUAUACCUGCUUCAUACUUUCCAAGUGCUGGUGUUGCUAUGGGAGCCUACUCUACAUAUCCUUCUACCCAAGAGGUAUAUGACAAUGCUUAUACAUAUUGGUUUGGAUCUAUAACAAAUUUGAAUCCACUAUCAACAUUGUCGUAUCAACCAACAAAUUAUAUAGAAAUAUUAUCAAAUGCAAAAGUGGUAACUGGAAAUUAUCAACAGAGGGCAAAGGUCUUGGGUAUUUACAAACCAAGUAUUGUGGCUUCCCCUACAAAUGUUUCCUUUGGAUUUUUUGAUAUUUCAGAUAGUACUUCAAUUUUUAACACCGAUUAUUAUACAAUUAAACCAAGCGGAAAUAAUUUUCCAAUUUUAGAGACCCAUCCAGCAUUGGUAGAAUUUAUUCAAUUUAAAAAAGUAAAUUCCUAUUCUUUUUUAAUUCAAAUGAAAGUUAUUGAUCCAGAUGGAUGUGUUUCUAUAGAAUUUUCAAAUGGAGUAUCAAUUGGAUAUCAUGAUUUGGUACAGGGUGAUUCUCAAAUUGGUGUUUAUGAGAAGGUUUUAAACUAUACUUCAAUCACAGAUACUGUCUAUGUAUUAAGUAUUAAAGAUAUCCUUGGUAAUAUUGUACAAUGGAGAAGUGAAAUUGAUUUUUCAACAAAUCAACAAUUAUUACCAAAAUAUCCAUCCAUAUAUGGUGAAACUAAUAUGAAAAAUAUCACAAUGUUUACUUUUGAUUAUCCUUUGGUCGAUACAACAUAUACACCAUCACCAACACCAACACAGACAGUACCAACACCAACGGCACCACAACCAAUUAAAUUUGAUAGUAUACAAUUGGCUUUUGAGGAUUUCGAUGUUGUCAGUGGAAAUAUAUUAAGAUUUAAUUUUUCGAAUUCAGAUCCAAAUAUAGAACCAUUUAUCAUUGUUGAUUUCAGUUACUUUGAAUUUGAAAAUAGAACACAGAUUUUCAAAGGUUUUUGGAACACAACAGGUCUUCAUUACCAAGUACCAAUUACAGUACCUGCAAACUUGGCAUCAAGAGAAAUCGUUGUUACAUUACCAAUGUCAUAUUAUUUCACAUCUAGCCAAAUCUCAUAUUUGGAUUACAAGUCAUUCUCUGUUCAAACCUUUAAUUGUGACCAACUACCUCCAAUGAUCUUAUCAAUAGAACUUGCUCAACCAAAUCCACAUACAUUUUUCUCUGGAAUUAAUUAUAUUGGUUGGAAAGUUACUAUUGAAGACUCUCCUAAUUACUUUGUAAAUGGAACUUUUAUAGUUCAAACCAAUGUCAAUAAUUAUCAAUUCAAUAUAUCAAUUAGUAAUACAAACAUGUUAGUUGGUUCCAAUGUAUUCUUAGUAGAUUUUCCUGUAACAUCAUUCACAACAACUCAAAGGUUUGACCUUUUAUAUAUGGAACUUGUUGAUUCCUCUGGAAAUAUAGCUAGCAAUAUGAUUGGAUCGAAAACUCCUCUUUUCAAUCCGUUAAUGAUUAAUGCAGUGGAUAAUCCUUCAAUAAUAUUUUUAAAUCCACAUGAAUCCACUGAUUAUAAUGUACCAGAAGUUCUAUCUUUGAACUUUUCACCAAAUGUUAUUGAUGUUGGAGAUCCAAACCCUUUGAAGAGACAGUUGACCGUCAGUGGUUUGUUCAGAAGUAAUAUUAGUGGAAUAGAUUAUCAAAAGUAUCCAAUAGUAUCAUCUUUAUUCUUUGGAAAAACUUUAAGUUUUCAAAUUGAUAAUGUUCAAGCUUAUAAUUUAUCAACAGUAAUGUUUACAAAAACAAUUGAAAUUCCUUAUGGAUAUACAAUUCCAUCGUUUUGGAGUUUAAGAAUCUCAUCUGUUUGUACAAACAAUGGAAUGUGUUUCAAUUCUACACUUGGUUAUCUUCAAUUUAUUUAUUCAUUCAUUCCAAUUCUUGAAUCAAAUAGUUUUAUCGAUAGAAAUGGUGGAGAAAUAUUUAUUUACGGUCAGAAAUUUGGAAAUCAAUCAAAUUUUAAAGGAUUUGUUUCAUAUGAAAACGGUCAAUAUCAACCAUUCCAAGUGAAUUUCUUUAGCGAUUCGAUAUUUUCAUUCACAAUGAAUGCUUCAAAUGCUGUGAAAAUUAUUGUUCAAAGUAAAUUAGGAUACUCAAACGUUCUGGUCAUUUUAGGUUCGAAUGAACAACAACCUACAAUCCCUCCAGAGACCACAUGUGGUGAUCCAAAGUGUGGUGGAAAUGGAAAGUGUGUAGAUGCAUUAUGUCAAUGUAAUGAAGGAUGGUCAGGACCAUCUUGCCAAUCAAAAUUCAUUCCUCAGCCACCUCCAAAUGUUGAUCCAAAAUCACCAACCACCACCACCAAUAACUCCAACGUGCUACUGACAGGUAUUAUAAAGAUAGAAAUCAUCAAUGAAUUGAAACCGAGUGGUGAAAUUUUCAAACAAUACAAGUUGGCUGAUUGGAAAGGUAUUAUAUCGAUUGCAUCAGAUAAAUUCCUACAAUACAAUUAUACCACACGAGUUGGAGAGAUUGACACCAAUAUCACAGUUGUUGUACAAUGGUUUGGUGAAACUAGAAAUGUUGAAUUUGCAGGAUUGAACAGUACAAUGACACCUGGAUCCAUCAAAUAUAGUGUCAUUAUGGAUAGAUACAUAUUUGAUUCACCACUUAAUAUAUUGCAAGUGGUCAUUGAGGUAGAGGUUGUAGAAAUGAACAAAGAUGGAUGUAUCGAGAAACAGACAUCACCAAGAAAGAAUGAUAUUCAAUGGGUUAAAAUCAUAGUUUCCGAUCAAAGUUUCUAUUGUAGAUUCUUGAAUAGAGCUUUGGUUGAUUCUAGAUCAACAGCUAUUACAAACACAUUAUUGGAUGGUGGAGGAAAUCAAAGUGAUAUUCUCAACAGUAAAGUUGGAAUGAUGGUUCCAUUUUAUGAGAAUCAAGUGAUCAUUGAUCCAGAUUUCAGUAUUAUCAUUGACACUGAAAGCGAUAAUUCAAAAUGUGGUGUUAAAUCAGGAGACAAUAAUCAAUGGAGGAAAAUUGUUGGAAUUGUAAUUGGUUCUGUUUUAGGUGUUGCAAUUAUUGUAUCAGUUUCAUUAUAUCUUUAUAAAAGAAAUAUUUUGACAAAAGAGAAAAAAAGAAUGUCAAAUAAAUUAAAACAAAUGAAUAAAUAG